AUGAACUACUUCUGGAAAUCGUUUGACGUUUCCGAUAAUGAAAGUGCCUCUUCGAGCCAAUUAUCUCUCGUAGACUUGAGCCAAACGGUGAAUAACUUUAAUGCUGGAAAAGGUGUCCAGGAGCACUUUUCUGGGAGAAGAAGCUCUACUUUACUACAGAAGAAGUUUUUUGAGAACGGUAAGCCUUCCAAAUGUAGAUUGAAAGUUACUGUCUUGAAGGAAGAUGGCAAAAACCACCAAUAUGUUCUAGGGUCUAUGAAGUUCAAGACAGCGUCCGCUCCAAACCCGGAAAGUAACACUUUGAAAGAGAUAGUUGAAAAGGCCAAGGAUACCUUCGAUAUCGGCAUUGAGUCUCAAUCCGCAUACUCCGUAAAGUACAUGAAUGUUGAGGUUACCAACAACGAAAAAUUGUACGAGAUAUACAACGAAUUCAUAUGCGUCAAUGGAUCCAGGCAUUACAUGCCUCUCCUUUGUAUCGCGAACCAAAAAAAGACAGGGUUACUCUAUAAGACCCGCCAACUAUUUGCUACUGCAAUUACCCCAAUAUCAGCAAUAUUCCAGACCCAAUUCCAGAUCCAGUCAUGGAAAAUAUACAUGCAGGCAUGUAUAGUGUUCUUCACUGGCAUAAUGGUGGGCAAAGUUUUGAAAUAA